GCGAGUGCCGCGGCGGCUGCGGCGGUGGUGGCUGUGUCGGUGCGGACGGCCCAGCCGGAGCGAGGGGGUCUCAGGGAGGGAAAGGCAGGGGCGCGGGGGCGCAGAACCGGGGACCCGGGAACCCCGGAGGCGGCGCGUCCCGGCCCCGCCCGCCGGAGGAGCGCGAGCGGCCCGGGGGCGGCGCGAUGCCGCUCGCUCAGCUCAAGGAGCCCUGGCCGCUCAUGGAGCUGGUGCCGCUGGACCCGGAGAAUGGACAGGCCUCAGGGGAAGAAGCUGGACUUCAGCCAUCCAAGGAUGAGGGUGUCCUCAAGGAGAUCUCCAUCACACAUCAUGUCAAGGCUGGCUCUGAGAAGGCUGAUCCAUCCCAUUUUGAGCUGCUCAAGGUUCUGGGCCAGGGAUCCUUUGGCAAAGUCUUCCUGGUACGGAAGGUGACACGGCCUGACAGUGGGCACUUAUAUGCCAUGAAGGUACUGAAAAAGGCAACACUGAAAGUGCGUGACCGUGUUCGGACCAAGAUGGAGAGAGACAUCCUGGCUGAUGUAAACCACCCAUUUGUGGUGAAGCUGCACUAUGCCUUCCAGACGGAGGGCAAGCUCUACCUUAUUCUGGACUUCCUACGUGGCGGAGAUCUCUUCACACGGCUCUCCAAAGAGGUUAUGUUCACAGAGGAGGACGUGAAGUUUUACUUGGCUGAACUGGCUUUGGGCCUAGACCACCUGCAUAGCCUGGGCAUCAUUUACAGAGACCUCAAGCCUGAGAACAUCCUUCUGGAUGAGGAGGGCCACAUCAAACUCACCGACUUUGGCCUGAGCAAGGAGGCCAUUGACCACGAGAAGAAGGCCUAUUCCUUCUGUGGGACGGUGGAGUACAUGGCCCCUGAGGUCGUCAACCGCCAGGGCCACACCCACAGUGCAGAUUGGUGGUCCUAUGGGGUGUUGAUGUUUGAGAUGCUGACAGGCUCCCUGCCCUUCCAGGGGAAGGACCGAAAGGAGACCAUGACACUGAUUCUGAAGGCAAAGCUAGGCAUGCCCCAGUUUCUGAGCACGGAAGCCCAGAGCCUCCUGCGGGCCCUGUUCAAGCGGAAUCCUGCAAAUCGGCUCGGGUCCGGCCCUGAUGGGGCAGAGGAAAUCAAGCGGCAUAUCUUCUACUCCACCAUUGACUGGAAUAAGCUGUACCGUCGCGAGAUCAAGCCACCCUUCAAGCCAGCUGUGGCACAACCUGAUGACACCUUCUACUUUGACACUGAGUUCACAUCCCGUACACCCAAGGAUUCCCCAGGCAUCCCCCCCAGCGCUGGCGCCCAUCAGCUGUUCCGUGGCUUCAGCUUCGUGGCCACUGGUCUGAUGGAGGAUGACAGCAAGCCUCGGACCAUGCAGGCACCACUGCACUCAGUGGUACAGCAACUACAUGGGAAGAACCUGGUUUUUAGCGAUGGCUACGUGGUAAAGGAGACGAUUGGUGUGGGCUCCUAUUCCGUGUGCAAGCGCUGUGUCCACAAGGCCACCAACAUGGAGUAUGCUGUCAAGGUCAUUGACAAGAGCAAGCGGGAUCCCUCAGAAGAGAUUGAGAUUCUUCUGCGGUAUGGGCAGCACCCCAAUAUCAUCACUCUAAAAGAUGUAUAUGAUGAUGGCAAACACGUGUACUUGGUGACAGAGCUGAUGCGGGGUGGGGAGCUUCUGGACAAGAUCCUACGGCAGAAAUUCUUCUCAGAGAGGGAGGCCAGUUUUGUCCUGUACACCAUCAGCAAGACUGUAGAGUAUCUUCACUCCCAGGGGGUUGUGCACAGAGACCUCAAGCCCAGCAACAUCCUGUAUGUGGAUGAGUCUGGGAACCCUGAGUGCCUGCGCAUUUGUGACUUCGGCUUCGCCAAGCAGCUGCGGGCUGAGAAUGGGCUCCUCAUGACACCUUGCUACACUGCCAACUUUGUGGCACCUGAGGUGCUGAAGCGCCAGGGCUAUGAUGAGGGCUGUGACAUCUGGAGCCUGGGCAUUCUGCUGUAUACCAUGCUGGCAGGAUAUACUCCAUUUGCCAAUGGACCCAAUGACACACCAGAGGAAAUCCUGACCCGGAUCGGCAGUGGGAAGUUUACCCUCAGUGGGGGAAAUUGGAACACAGUUUCAGAGACAGCCAAGGACCUGGUGUCCAAGAUGCUGCACGUGGAUCCCCAUCAGCGCCUCACAGCUAAGCAGGUCCUGCAGCAUCCGUGGAUCACCCAGAAAGACAAGCUUCCCCAGAGCCAGCUGUCCCACCAGGACCUACAACUUGUGAAGGGAGCCAUGGCAGCUACAUACUCUGCACUCAACAGCUCCAAGCCCACCCCUCAGCUGAAGCCCAUUGAGUCAUCUAUCCUGGCCCAGCGGCGGGUGAGGAAGCUGCCAUCCACCACCCUGUGAGAGGCCAGGGCAUCCAGGCUGCAGGGCAGUGCUAGCUCAGUGGAGGUGGCACACUUCCCGGAGAGAGCAGGCCUGAGUCACAGGGCCAGAGGGAGCAGAGCCCCAAGGGGCCCAGGAAGCAGCCAGCCCAGAUCACCCCGGUGAGGGUGUGAGAAGUGCCUUCUUCCCAAGAACAGACUCUUCUCAGCUCAGGCUCUGCUGGUUGAAAUCAAUUCACUGUACAAACUCUUACCUUUUUUAAGGAAAAAUGACAUCAACCACCAUGGAUUUCUACAAGAUCCAUUUGCCUUUCUGGGAGCAGAAGUAGCCAGUGCAGCCCCAGGAGGCACACUGAGUCACACUAGGGCUCUCUGUGACUGAGACUCCUUAGAGCAGCUUUGGGGUCCUAUCCUGGGAACCCCAUGAUUGGCCUUCUAUAGCCAUCUGCACCCACCUCUGAGACAGUCCAGCAUCAGCUUCCAGAGCCCUUGGUUGUUUAGCAGAACUUGCUGUAUCCCCAGUCAGCGCCUUUUCUGUACUGUUCUGCUGGGGGGUCUGGAACCACUUCCUGGUAGAGGAGAGGACCAAGGCCCCAUGGCUCCUAGCUCCAGGCACCAGCAUCCACAUCAGCCCCUCCACUGGGUCCCCUGCAGUUAAGUUGGGCUGCUCCCAGAGGAGGAUCUGGAAUGCACUUUUUAGCUGACUUCUGUUGGAGUCUGCCACAGGACAGAAUUCAUAGGAGGCCUCUGGGGUGGGUCAGGAGGGACAGGGGCUUUUUUUUUUUUUUUUUAAUUUUUUCCUCAGCUGGUAACUCAGGGUUCAUCUAUUCAUGGCCUUUCUAAUAAACUUACAGUUGAGUUGAAGCA